UAAUAUCUGUAUUAUUUUCUAGAGAGAGAAAUACAUGUAGAGAGAGAGAGAGAGAGAAACUUGAAACUCGCACCAGAGCAAAAACCAUGCCCCUUCGUCUUCUUUCCUCUUAAAUUCCUAAAACCUUCUCUCCUGUGUGCUCGAUUUUCCUUUUGUUUUGGAAGAUUUAUUUUGGUAGAUUCCUUAAUUUUAAUUACGGAUUAUUAUUAUAUUCGAAGAAUUAGCGAAUGAAAUACGAUUUAUCCACUCCAUGCUAAUCGAAUUCCCGCAUUGAUUCCGUCAGUAAAUAAUCUCCAUUUAGUGUGCGAGGGGAAUUAUUUUCGUUUCCUGCAUUUUGCCUUAAUAAUUUUUUCACGCAUAUGCUUUUCUGUGGGUUAAAUGAAACUUGGGGGAUUAACACUUGAUCGAUCGGCGGCAAAUUGCCCAUGAAUAAGCGCAGGGAGCGAACCCUACAAUACCUUUGCGAUGCCACUCCAUAUCUAUAUACCCAGGUUACCCCAAUAAUAAGUGGAACAUUUAGGAUUCAAGGGUCAGUUGAUGAAGUGCAAAUUGUGAUUUGCUGACCUUUACGGAGAGAUAAGUAUUCAGGCAUCUGGAAAGAGUAAGGGCUUUGGUAGCUGUUCAGGCAUAAGACAAAAGGUUGACCACACGGGGAGGUCUGGCACCUGUAACGUGUGCUCUUCUUCUUGCUCGUCUUGCUUUCAUGUUAAUAAGGUUCUAAUGAAAUCAAAUGAUGAGUCCGGAGAAAUCUGUGAGAAUAUCAAAAUUGGCCAACCAAGUGUACCGAGUGCUGUCGAACGCAUGAAAUCAUAUUUUGAUUCUUUUUCUGAUAAGGCAGUAGAUAAGACUUCCAACGCAUCUGCAUCAGAUGAUAGUAUGGGGCAAUCAAAGGCAGAGGAUCAGAUAAUUCCAGAAGUGCAUGAUGAUUGUUUGUCACGUGUGAAUGGAACUGAACAUGCAAAUAGAAAAUCUGAUAUCGAGGACAGUAGGAUAAACUAUGAUAAACAGAGAAAACUUAGUGAACAAAGUUCUGACAAGGUGCCACCUCGUAGCUUGCUAACAGGUUCGGAAAUUCCUUUUUCAAAAAUCAUAAAUGAUGCUAUUGACUUACUGAAGGUUCAGAAUACUUCUUCUCAAGAUCCCAAUGGAGAAUACCCGUCACAUGAUGGAAACCCAGGGGUUGCGAGAGGUGAUAAGCCUUCUGAUACAAAGGGCGAACUGUUGGAAGGCUUAACUGAGCACUUGGAUUCAUUAUCGCCUAAAGGUGCAGCAUCCAAUGUGGUUUGUGGUGAUAUUCCUGCAACACCUCUGAUUUCUAUUGUGAAGAAUGAUGACAUGGAGGUGGAAAUUCACUCUGUUGAUGAGACUGAAGACUCGGAUAUGGUGGAGCAAGAUGUGAAAGUUUGUGAUAUCUGUGGAGAUGCAGGGCGGGAGGAUUUGCUUGCUAUCUGUUGUCGGUGUAGUGACGGGGCGGAACACACUUAUUGCAUGCGAGAAAUGCUGACUGAAGUCCCUGAAGGUGAUUGGCUGUGUGAAGAAUGCAAGUCUGUGGAGCGGGUGAGAAAUGGAAGACAAGAAAAAAUGGGAAAGGCUGAUGAAAAGGAGAAAAAUAACUCCUCUGGUGAAGCGAGCAGUGAAUAUGCAAAUAGUUCUGAUGCUGAGGGACGUCGAAAUAAAGGUUCAGUGAGAACACCUUGUAAAAGGCAUAGAGAUGAUGAUGGCAUUGAAGUUUCUUCUGUAGGGAAAAAGCCUGCUCUCGAGACAAUAGUUGGUUCACCUAAGACCUCCAAUCCUAGCAAAACUGCUGCUCUUUCUCGUGAGACUUCUUUGAAGAACUUAGAUAAAGGUAGACUACAGUCCUCACACCAUUCUGUUCCGGACACAGUCCCGGUUAAUGAAAUUACAGAAACAGCAGGCACUCCUUCAGAUCGACGAGGGCAUAAUUUUCGAGGUAUUUUCUCAAAGUCUAAUUCAUUUAAUUCUCUGAGUUCAAAACCAAAGGUCAAACUUGUAGAUCAAGUUGUUAUCCAGAGGCAGAAAUCAUCUAAGGAACAUGGCUCUUUUCGUCUUAAGGAUGGUGGUGUCAGAUCGAUAGGCAAAUCGAUGUCAUUUAAAUCUACAAACUCUAGCCGAUCUGAAUCAAAAAUAAAGAUGUUUUCUCCUAGAUCGUCUAACAUCCAAGACAAUAAAAACACAAAACAGAGGAGCUCAUUUGAUCGUCAGAGUUCCUUUAGAGCAGAACAUGCAAUGGUGGGGACUUCGACGAGUUCUACACCAAGAAUUGAUAAACGGCCAGCAUCUCGGGGAGACUCUUCUUCACUUGCUAACCAGCAUGAAGUCAAGCCUCACCAAACUGAUGGUAAAUUAGCAGCAUUACCGAGACCGUCAAGGCUUGCAGAUCGAAGGACUGCAAAUAUAUCCAGUUCUUUGGGUAAUUCUGUUAUCCCUGAAAAGCCACCUAUUGAUGCGAAUGAAGGUCUACCUGAUGGGUCGCCUCGGCCCAGGGAUGUAUCAAAUGCUGGUGAGCGAAUGAGGGAAGGUUCUGGAAGCCGAUUCGGACCACCAUCUGCGAAGUCUUCGAGAGAUGAAAGCCAUAACCUUAAAGCUAUAAUUGAGGCUGCUGUGCUGAAAAAACCAGGAGUGUACCGAAGGCAUAGAGCUUUCGGUCAAUCUGAAGACCGGUCUGUGGCAAGCGUGGGUGGUGAAGUAGCUUCUCAUCAGGGUCCUAUGUCAAGUUCUGCUAGAAAGAACAAAUUUUCUUCUGAUGCAGACUUGCAUGAGAGGCCUACUGUCUCCCGAAAUUUAGCUACUGACCCUCUUAAUCAGAUAACUCCAAAUAACAUGAAGCCGUCCUCACUGGUUCCUUUGGAGGGUCUAUCUUCUGGAGGGCAAGAUGUGUCCCAUAUUGGCUCUUCCUCAAGGGACAUGUUCAGUAAUGUUCCAGCAGCAACACCUAUCUUGUUGAAAUCCUUGGCAAUUCCGGAGCAUGAAUAUAUAUGGCAAGGAAGUUUUGAUAUUUGUCGAAGUGGUAAAACCUCUGACUUAUGGGAUGGAAUUCAGGCUCAUGUAUCGACAUGUGCAUCUCCUAAAGUUAUUGAUACUGUGUACAAGUUCAAAAGCCGAAUUGUACUCUAUGAAGUGCCUCGCUUAAGUACCUGGCCUGCGCAGUUUCAGGAACAUGGUGUCAAAGAAGAUAAUGUAGCUCUUUUCUUUUUUGCUAAAGAUCUGGAGAGCUAUGACAAUAUUUACAAAAGUUUGCUGGAUAACAUGAUGAAGAAUGACCUUGCUCUAAAAGGAAAUUUUAAUGGCGUUGAGCUCCUGAUAUUUCCUUCCAACCAGCUUCCUGAUAAUUCUCAGCGAUGGAAUAUGCUGUACUUCCUUUGGGGUGUAUUUAGAGGAAAGAAGGAAAGUUGCCUGCAGCAGAUGCCUGAACCGUUGGAUCAAUUUUUUGCCUCUCGAGAUAUUCCCGCACCUAUAAUGUCCUUGCCUGAGAACAGAUGCUCCAUCAGGCCUGUUGCUGAGGAUUUGCAUACUAGUGAAGAUGCAGCAGCCCCAGUACUUGAAGUGCCUGCUUCAGAUGAGUUACAUAGGUUAUUGUUAUCUAAAGCUGUUAAUGAAGACCGUGGUACCAUACUGUCUUUUGAUCAGCUGGAUCAUAAAUCGAAUGCCAGUUCCUCACCUAUAGUACGAAGUGAGAGUGCAAAACAAUGCCAAGAAAUGAGGGCUUCUUCUCAGGAAGGAGGCAUUAGCUGCAGUCUCCCCCUCGCUAUGCAAAGUUCCCUGCAAUUGGAUACCCCUAUCGAUUUGACUAAAUCUGUGGCUCGUCCACUUAAUGAAGUCACAGGUGAAAGAAACAUUUUUGAUAAGACCCGCAAUCAAAGUGAAGUUCACUUAAUAUCAGAUAGUGGAGAUCUAUCUACGGAUAGAAAAACCUCGUUGAAUGACGACCAGAGAAUGAAGAAUAACGCAUGGCUUUUUAACCACAAGGGACAUACAUCUCCCGGUUCAACUAUUUAUGCUGGCACUAGCCAGGUGUCGCUCACGAACGAAGAUACAAGGAACGGAACACGAGGAGCACUUGUAGAUAUGAAUCAUGCGCCUUUAAUUGAAAAUGCUGAAAGACACUUCUUCCCUGUGGAGUCGUCACAGCCUGUGAGGAGCAUAUUCAUGUCUAGAGGAUCAAUGCCAUGGAAUCUUAACGAGAAAGUACCGGAUCUUGAGCUUGCUUUAGGCGGUGCUGAAAGUGAAUUACCGACUCUGCCCUUGUUGGGUAGUGAAGUGGACAGGAAAGUAAAUGCGGAACAUAUUCGUGAAGAGGCGGUGCCCAAGGCAGAUCUUUCCCUCUCACUUGCUUUUCCUUUUCCGGAAAAGGAACUUAGCACAAAAUCCGGUGCAAAGAAUGAGCAGCGUGGGAGUAAUUCUUCGAUGCUUCUUUUUGGGAAUUUGAGAGAUAAUUAGUUAGUAAGUUAUUUGUUCGUACUAAUAUGGUUGUUGAAGUAUAUAUAUAUACAUAUAUAUAUAUACUGUGAUGAUCAUGUGUUUGUGAUGUCUCCUUUCAUCGGGUUCUGAUGGAACUGAAUUUGUAAGAUGAUAUCCACAAGAUCGAAAUCUUUUAGUUUUCGUUAGGGUCCUAUUUUGCAAGCGAAGAAUACUAGUACUGAACGGCUGGUUGUAUAUAUAUGUAGAGCAUAAGUAGCCGGGACAGUGUGUGUGAUAUUAAAUUUCUUCUGUUAGCCAGCCAUUCAAUUUCUUUCUUUUUUUAUUAUGUUUUUUUAAUC